UUUUCGGUUAUCGCAGCUAAAGCGUGAAAAGGGGAAGUGAUGUUGGUUUCUUAAAGACUUGACUGGAAUAGGUAAUUCGUGAAGUGCACGAAGAGAAAAGUUGAUUACAUAUAUAACAGUUUAUCAUGGAGUCCUUGGAAACACGAGGGCAACCGCCACGUAGGCAUGAUCCGGUGUUUUGAAAAUUUCGAUGCUCAAAGGCCAUUGAAUUUACUUUGGUUCCUGUGAACUACUCUACCCCUUAAUUUCAACAUGAGAGUGCAUACAAGAAGCGUUCUUCUGGUCGGCAUUCUCUGUUCCGUACUGUUUAUCUUCUCUUUGGAACUGUGGCCGCCUCUUUUCAGUGACGACGAAACUGAAGUGAUUUCUAAUUCCCCUUUGGUCGACAGUGAUGUUUCAGAAAUUCGUUUGAAGAUUGUAUCGCCGGUUCCCGAUGAACGAGAUUCAAAGUGUUUAAUGCACAACUGUUUUGACAUUUUUCGAUGUAAAGUCAACGAAAACAAACUGAUAUCCGUCUACGUAUAUCCAGACACUCGCUUCUUGGACGAGGAAGGAAAAACAAUAAACAAACCAAUGUCGCAAGAAUUCUAUGAACUGCUGACAACUAUUGUGGAGAGUAAAUACUAUACUCCUGAUAUCGGAAAGGCUUGCAUUAUAGUUCCUUCAAUUGAUACUUUAAAUCAGAAAGGCCUCGAUCUUAGAUGGACGGCCAGAAGUCUUGCAGAGUUACCCAGUUGGAGUGAUGGUGGAAAAAAUCAUUUGUUAUUUAACAUGCUGCCUGGUGGUGCACCUGAGUACAAUUCAACGCUAGAUGUUGCAACUGAUAAAGCUAUCUUGGCCGGAGGGGGUUUUGCAACUUGGAGUUACAGGACAGGAUAUGAUGUUAGCAUUCCUGUGUUUAAUCCGCUUACAAAUAAAAAGGUUGUCCUGCCACAGAAAAGGUCAAGUGAUUGGUUGUUUUUGUCAUCCCAAGCAAAUAUGAACCAUCUCUUCAGAAGGCAGCUGGAAGAGAUUGAGAGAGAUAAUUCAGGCUUCUUGAUCCUAAAACGUUGCCCUGAUGAUCCUAACAAUGUGUACAAGAGAUGCAAAGGCUCAGAGACUUAUCAGUAUCCAGAAAUUUUGCAACAUGCUACCUUCUGUCUGGUUAUUCGAGGGGUCAGAUUGGGUCAAACAACUCUGCUUGAUGCUUUGAUGAUGGGCUGCAUUCCAGUGGUCAUAAGUGAUGACUACAUUUUACCUUUCUUUAGUGUGUUAGAUUGGAAAAGGGGAGCAGUUCAUGUGGUGGAGAAAGAGAUCAAUCGCAUCCCUGCCAUUUUAAGAGAGAUAUCAUCAAGUCAAAUUAAAGACAUGAGAAGACAGGGGAAAUGGUUUUGGGAGAGGUAUUUUAGCUCCAUGGGCAAGAUUGCUCUUACAACUAUGAAAAUUCUGAAUGACAGAGUGUUCCGCUACACGGCUUGGCAGUAUGAGGACUGGAAUGUCCCUUUUGAGACUUCCUCAGGGAAGGAAACGGCAACCUUUCUUCUUCCACUGUUUUUCCCGCUACGCCCGUACACAAAUCAAGGAUUUACCGCAGUGGUGCUGUGUUAUGACAGAGUAGAUACCAUGUUUAAAGUUAUCACAAGAAUCGCUGACACCCCCAGUUUGACAAAGAUUGUAGUUGUUUGGAACAAUAUCAAAAAGGCUCCUCCCUCUGCUGCCAAGUGGCCUCAAUUAUCAAAACCAGUAAAAGUCGUCAAGACGAAAGAAAACAAACUUAGCAACAGGUUUUUCCCAUACAAAGAGGUUGAAACAGAAGCGAUUCUUGCCAUCGAUGACGACAUUCUAAUGCUGACGCCGGAUGAACUGGAAUUUGGUUUUCAGACUUGGAGAGAGUUUCCUGACCGUCUUGUGGGAUUCCCUGGUCGUGUUCACACCACUCAAAACGGCACAAAUCGGUUCAAGUAUGAAUCAGAAUGGACAAACACUGUAUCCAUGGUACUCACUGGCUGUGCUUUUCAUCAUAAGUACUUUAGCCAUCUAUUCACCUACAUGAUGCCUGUCUAUAUACGAGACUGGGUUGACCAACACAUGAAUUGUGAAGACAUUGCCAUGAACUUCAUGGUCUCCAACUACACUGGCAAGGCACCGAUUAAGGUAACCCGUAGAAAGCGUUUCCGCUGUCCGGAAUGUGUGACUGAAUCAUUGUGGGCCGAUCCGAGCCAUUUCGUGGAGCGAUCAGAAUGUUUGAACGAGUUUGUCCGAGCUUAUGGUCAAAUGCCGCUUCAGACGGUCGAGUUCAGAGCUGACCCGCUGCUGUUUGGCGAGGAACUUCCCACUAAAUUAAAACUAUUUAACGAUGUUGGAAGCAUUUAGGAGGAUUGAAGUUAAAAAAUAUGAAUGUAUUUUGGUAAUCAAGAGUAAGCAGGUAAUGCCGGUAAUGCCAUAUUCUUUUGUCGAUCCAGGGACUAUGGUAAAUUAUUGUAAGAUAAAGUCUAAACUUUAAUAGAACAUGGAAAGAGAGAGAAGAUAGGAGAGAAGUUAGUAUAAAAAUGGAAGGAAAAGGCGGGCUAGUCCGUGUGCACUUCCUUGUAAUCGUCUUCUUCUUCUUUAAGCCCUUGGCUCCUUGGUGGAACUUUGAUGAUUUCUGUCAAUCGUGUGUGACCAUCGAUAUCAUCAGAUCAACAGAAUUCAGGCUGUAUCUUAGAUUUUUCACUUUCAUUUGAAUUUUAUUUCAGUUUCUCAUUAGUAUUGAUAGAGAGCACCAAUAUGAUUAUGAUAAAUCUAGGACCUACAUGAUGCAUUUGCCUUUUUUUUUCCUUUUUGGUUCGCUGAGAAAUUUUGUUUAUUGAAAGGAAAUCUUUCAAUAAUAGUUUGCUUUGGAUGACAAACACCAAAGAGGUUUGAUACCGGAUGAAAUCGAGAAUGAACGAGGUUGGUUAAGAAGGCAGAAGAUUGAUAUCAUAUGGAUUGCAAAUGACAAACGUUAAAACUGCUGGCAAAAUUUAUAAAGAAUUUGAAGCUGUGACGUAGUUCCUUUAAUGUGUUUUUCCUAAAACAAGUGAAGUGCGAGAAACAGAUCCUCACGGGUGAACUGUAUUUUGAUAAAUGACAUUUUGGAAAGGUGGAGAAAAAAAGCUUGAAAUACUUCAGGCUUCUGAGGGAUUUGAACCCUCGCCUCGUAAGUGCCCAUUGGUUGAGGAACCCAACUGGGCUACAUAGCCACAUGUUGAGAGCGCGAAAAAAUAUUUCGGGUUCUCUAAAACAAGUGACUUUAUCAUCCUUUUUCUUGUACAGGUGUUUUUACAGUUUCUUUUUUUUUAAAUAGUCUCAGGAAAAACACCUCUAUGUGUCACUUCGCAUCACGUUAGGUUGUGUUAACUCAUAUCGUAAAAAUUCUACCUUGAAACAAUGGAUUUAAAGAGGCUUACAUGGAGUUUGUUUCUGUAAUUGAAAAAAAAAAGUUGUUUUUUUUGGUUUUUUAGGUUUCAAAUUUUCUCUCCAUCAUAUAUAUUUGGCUAAGAGUUAUACCACAUAUUUUAAACCUCGUCGAUGAUAUUUAUUGCAUGUUACAUAAUGUAUCUCCACUUUUUAUUCCGGAUUAUAAGAUUAUUCUCGAAUUUUUGUGGUGCUUUUAAUGUUAAAUUUGUGCCCCUACCAAAUAAAAGCGAUGGAAUU